CCCCGUCCUGUUUUUCCCUUAGUUUUACCGAUUGGCCGAUUGAACCCCGAUUAUGCUGUAAUUAUGUAUUAUUUUUUCCUACCACCCGCAAAUUGUUAACAGAAUAACCAGAGAUCAUAUCGCUUAAGCAAUUUAAGUGAUAGCAACGCGCUUUAAGUGGGGUACGCGUACGCUCCCCCACUCGAAACGAAGCUCCGACGUCGAGCACGAGAGAUAUAAAAAUAAAUUCAAAUCUACAUUAAUUAUUAUUUAAAUGCCACUGUGUCAGUUUUGAGAGCUGUCUAAAUUUUAAGUAAAACAAAGAAACAAACAAAAAAAAAAGAAGCAAAACUCGAGAGAUUCUGUUUUUAGUGUUGCUCUAUGUUAUGUCGUGCCAACGCGGAAUCAGUGAUAGCACCAUCCACGCUCCUAUCUACCACAAGCUGACGACCAAGAGAAAAAGAGUUCAAGCACUGCACAGGCCAUGGAACAAUCAGAGCGCGGAGUUGUACAAGUACUGUCCACAGCUUGUGUCGCCGAAAGAGCUGCUCAUCCGCCAGCUCUUCUACAAAUAUCACAACGCGGAGAAGUCCAGUGUGCCGUGCAAGCCGUCCUAUGCACCGCCAGAAGGCGCUUGCGGCAAACGGCGGGGCCUUCGCCCAGUCGUGCCCAGCAGCACCAGUUGCGGCAUUAACCCAAAAGUCUGCCCGAUGGAAUCCACCGCGAGCUUCUUUUCCAAGUCUUCCUCCCACGCUCCCUCAAAAGCGUCAAACAGACAUUUUGAAUUCUCUGCCCGUGAUCGUUCGCGUCUUGGUUUGAGUUCAUCGUCCCGCCCUUCCCAACUGUGCAACUAUCUGCGUCUAAAUUGUAGUACCUCAUCGCAUUGUUCUGAUGCAUCCAAGCGUCUCCGGGAGCUGGCCCAAAGCAAGCAGCCGCCCAGGAUUGUGAGUGCCAAGCAGCCCUGGCAGCUAACCUGGUCGAUGCGUACCUUUCAGCCCAGCGAACGACUGCUGAAGUUGGCCAGCAGCAGGAUGCCAUCCGCCGGGAAGCUGCACAAUCCCUUCCGAGUGCCUAAGCGGGCACUGAACUACAAAGCCACUGAGCGCAUUAACCUGCUGGCAGUGCCCAGAAAGAAGACACUUGCUGAUGAUGAAACCCUGGAGAGCCAGUCUCGACCGAUUCGCAAACUACUCCCGGGCCAGCUAACUCCGCGGCUGGAGAACCUGGCCACGCCAAAGCUGCGGGAGGACACCACGCUACGGCGGAAGCCCUACACAGUGCGACGGAGGGCAAUGCACGCCAAGCUGACGCCACGUCUGGAGAAACUGGCCCAGCCGAGGCAGCAGUGCGGCCGCAUCGGGAAAGAAAGUCUACCGUUCUAAUGCCAGGCCACAGUGCACUGGAAAUGGAGUCGGGAUCACCCGCAAUCCUGCCCAGAUCCCUGUGACCUGUCAUUGUUCCGAUCAAGCACUUGGUGAAAAAUAAACUUUUAAUCCUAAAUGGAAUUGACCAAACGAAUCGAAACGUAGAUAGGCAAAAAAUAAA